CGCAUCCCACGCCCCCCACCUGAUGCCACCCUUUUGUCUAUCACUCGCCAAUUCUGCAAUAAGGGAGUUAUGAACAUCAAAGAGGUGGUGACAGAGGAAACCCUUGCCGGGUUGGGGUUUGAGUUUGUUCAGGAUGAGCUUCGCCACCAACCCGACCUACUGAGGGACAUCCCCGGGGGGCAUCAGCCUGACCAGCUGAAGGACAUUCCUGAGGAAGGUCUUGACUGUGGUCCUUUUGGUAGUGGAAUUACAAGAUUCAGGAGAGGAGAUGGACAGCGAUCUCCUGCUCAGUCGCUUCACUGCAGGGAGGAAAAGGAAGAGAGAGACGAAGGGCCAGGGCAAACGUUCUUCAUCCCACCACGAGGAGAGUCCUUCUUGAGAGCCGGCCGUAAUUGUGGUGGAGGACCAAGAAGAUGCUACCCAGGAACCGGGUACCAUGGCUGGCCAAUCCCCUCCACAUCCCGCGAUGCAGGGUGGCGACCUCGUUGGGUUGUCUCAGGGCAUUGCCUUGGAGCGACCUCCCUCACCACCCGCAGUGACCUACGAGAAGACCAGGCUCGUAUCUCAGCAGGCUCCGAGGACGACCUUGACAACAUGGUCCUUUUGAGGCUGAGUCAGGCUACACUGGGGAUGAUUGAGGUGGUCGGCCGGAAACGGGGUUGCCAGGCCUCCGCGGACGAGGCGAUGAAAGCAGCUGAGGCCAAGCAGAAGGAGCUGCAAGAGGAGGUCGCUCGACUCACCAGGGAGUUGGAGGAGAAAGAAAAUCGCUGCGCGGCGCUUGCUGUGGAGAAAGCUUCCCAGGAGAACCGCUGCGUCGCCCUUGAGGCAGACAAGGCCUCCUUGUCCUUGGAGGUAGAAUCUGUUUCUGCUCGAGUGGUCGAGUUGGAAGGGGAGAAAUCUGAUCUGAUCCAGCAGUUGGAGGUGGAGAGGAGCGAUCGGGUCCGCCAUGCAGAGGGAGCGGUAGAAUCCUUCAAGUCCUCUCCUAACUUCACGGUAGUCGCGAUGGAGCGGAUGGAAGAGCUAACGGCCACUUGGCUCAAAACUGAACCUGGGGCUCAAUGGAUGGUCAAGGAGGGAACCAAGUCCUUCAAUUGCGGACUCUUCCACGCCCAACAGGUCUUCCACGACAGGCUGGCCCAGCUCCCCAAAGGAUUCUCUCUCCCCGACCUUGGCUUCCCUCCUCCCUUCCGCUCCUUGGCCGAGUUCGACCCCAGUCCCUAUCUGGACGGGGGGAGCUCGAGUGCGUCGGAAGAAGAGGAAGAAGAAGAAGUGGAAGGUGAUCAGAGCGACCAGAAUCCAGGGGCCAGCUUAGCCAUGUCCAAAGCGGGUGGACCUUCCGGCUCGGCCGUCUAAAUCCCCCAUUGUUCCCCCAUAGCUUUACCAACACU